UGCCCUCAGUGCGGCCUUAAAGAUCGAUGAGUCCGUUCCAUGCGUCUCAUUCCUAAGCCGUCUCUACGACUACCACCCGCGUCCUCCUCCUGCAGCUCCCGCUUUUCAGAUUCUAUAGUCUCCUACUACUGAAAAGCUCAAAACUACUCAAAGAACAUGUCGGACGAAGGGAAACUGUUCAUCGGUGGCCUCAGCUUCGACACCAACGAGGAGUCUCUGGCUUCGGCCUUCGGCAAAUAUGGCACCAUCGAGAAGGUGGACGUGAUCAGAGACAAAGAGACCGGGAAUUCCCGCGGUUUCGGCUUCGUUAAGUACGACAACGCCGAGGAUGCCAAAGACGCGAUGGACGGCAUGAACGGAACCACCCUCGAUGGCCGGUCAAUCCGCGUCGAUGAGGCGGGAAAAGGCGGCCGUGCUAGGGGAGGAUCAUUCGGUGGCGGCGGCGCCCCUCGUGGAAGAGGCGGAUUCGGCCGCGGAAGAGGCGGAUAUGGCGGCGGUGAGAGAAGCUACGGAGGCGGUGAGAGAAGCUACGGAGGUGGCGAGAGAAGCUACGGAGGCGAGGGACGGUCCGGCGGUGGUGGCCAAUACAGAUCCGGCGGCGGUAGCGGAGGCGGCGGCGGAUACUCAGGAGGCGGCGGCUACAGAGACAACAGAGGCCAGGGUGGCUACAAUGACCGCUCAUCUUACCGCGAUGGAUACGAAUAAAGCAUCCCCCCCCCCCCCCCCUGUAUCAAGAUCAUCACUUCAGGCCGGCUGUAUUUCAAAGAUGGCUCCUCCAGAUGAAGAAAAAAAAUGUCCACGUGUUUUUUGCUGACCUUAGUUUUGUAGUUCUGUUGUAUUAGCUCGAGCAUCUUUAGCACAAAAGAAUAUAGCCAUGAGGUUUUUUUCAUUCCUUAACAAAAACCAUGUUACGAUUUAAGAAGUUCAAGACUCUUUUUGCUUAAUUUGGAAAUAAAAGUUCGUUUUGUUAAAACUAAAAACAUGCAUCUGUAAUCUGAAUAGCUCUGUGAAAGUCCACAUUUUUGCGACUGAACAAUGGCUCGCCACGUGGCUUCUCGUUGAUUAGCCGCUAGCAAUGCUAAAAGACUUAGCACGUGAUUCCUGAUUUUUGAUUCCUUUUUUUAUUUUGUUCUUUUUGUAUUGAAAUACCCGACUCUGAAUAGUGUUCGCUUUGACUGCUUUUCCUUUUUUUGCCGAAUUCCCCUCUCAGUCUCAAUGGCCGACCACAUCUUGCCAGAUUUUAAACUGAGAGGAACGAUUUCCGAUUAAGCUUAGAAACAGACUUUUGGGGGGUUUGAUGCUAAAUUCCCGGUUACUUUUCCAACCUUAUUUUCCAGACUGAACCACACAUCCGAAAAGACUGUUCCUGAAGUUGCAUCCUGCAGCGUGCAACAGUCUGUCCUUUCCUCUGUGCUCUGCUCACCAUCUGCAUUUUAAAUGUGCUGUAAAAUGGACUAAUCUUGUUUAAGUGAUCGAAAAUGUAACUUCGUUUCCCCAAAGUAAUAACUCAACCGGGAUCGGUUUUGUACUUUUUGUUCUUUGUAUGAUCAACCGUUUUUUAAUUUCUUUGUCAGUUUGGCUUCAUUGAGCCUAUUAAACAUACUGUGGAAAAAAAAUAAAGAUACUCUAUACUAAGA